AUGUCGCGCGCUUCCAAAGUAACGCUCGCAGUCACAUCGCUCGCAACGGCAGGCAUGAUCUACUUUGUCCAUUGGUCACAGGAAGCAGACAGAGCGGCAAUGCAUGCCGGCGUCGAACGAGACGAAGAACGACAACGCAUCAAACGCGAAAGACAAGCUGACUUCGAGAUGCAACGACGCCUCGAAGAGGAAUAUCGCAAGAUUCAACAUGUUCCUGAGGGGCAGAAUGAUACUGGACGUCCGGGGGGAUUGGGACAUAAAAGCUGA